CUUUUCGUCCUGCGCAUACUAGCGAGAGGGACACACCGCACACGCGGUGGUCGUGUUGUGGUUGGCGUUGGACCAACCGAGUGACGCCCACAUCUGCCCGGCGGUCCCCUCCACCCGGGAUCCAUGUGGACGUAUGCGGAUGCGGUGAGCAGGUAGCAUCCACUGCACUCUGCAGAGGAGGAAGGAAGAGGACCGACAAAGAUGGGGAUGGCAUUGCCAUUGCCGCCGGCGUCACAGGUAGGGGUUGUUGCGUUCCAGGAGGAUGAGCUUCCUCGCUUCGCCGCCGCUGUCGCUCAAGGCAGCCGGUGGAAUCAGCAUCCCAUGCCCGUGGCGAUUGGAUGGCCGCCGUCCACGAGCAGCCCCAGCCAGUGUUCCUCGACUAGCAUCAGUGCGAAGCGUGGUGCUGGACAUCGAGGGCACGACGAGCCCCAUCUCGUUCGUGACGGACGUGCUCUUCCCCUACGCCCGCGACAACGUCCGCACGCACCUGGACGCCACCUACUCCACCCGCGAGACCAAGGACGACAUCGCCCUGCUGCGCGCUCAGGUCGAGCAGGACCUAGCCGAGGGCGUCCCCGGCGCCGUCCCGGUCCCGCCCGACGGCGCCGGCAAGGACCGCGUCGUCGACGCCCUGGUCGCCAACGUGGAGGCCAUGAUCGCGGCGGAUAGGAAGAUAACCUCGCUGAAGCAGUUGCAGGGCCACAUCUGGAGGACUGGGUUCGAGUGCCAAGAAAUCAAGGGGGUGGUGUUCGACGACGUGCCGCCGGCUCUCGAGAGGUGGCACGCCAGCGGCAUCAAGUCGCAGACGUACAUCUAUUCAAGUGGCAGCAGGGAAGCCCAGAGGCUCAUCUUCGGGAACACUACCUACGGCGACCUUAGAAGGCACCUGUGCGGAUUUUUUGACGCAACAAUUGGGACCAAGAGAGACGCUCGCAGCUACUAUGAGAUCUGGCAGACGGUCGGGGUGGACCGGCCGUCUCAGAUACUGUUCCUCACGGACGUGUGCCAGGAAGCCACGGCAGCACAGGCUGCAGGCCUUGAGGUGCUAAUAUCUAUCAGACCUGGAAACGCGCCACUCCCUGCUGAAAACCAUGGGUUUGGGACAGUCGAGUCAUUUGCUGAAAUCUUGACAUGAAGGGAGGAUGCAUCCUCAACAUGCAUGCAUGCUGUGCUAUUUAAAGAUGGAAACGGAUUGAACUAGUUUCAAAAGGCAGAUGGAAUGGUUUCAUGGCCAUGAUUUGCAUCUUCAUACUAGCUUUAUUUACAUUGCCCAUGUUCAGUUUGUCGGAGACCAUAAACACAUGGGAUCACCAAGUUAUCUUACCCUUGAUUGGUUUCCUUUAACUCGUCCGGUUUGCUGUUCGUUUCUUCAGUUUCGUCAGGCAUUGGGUCUGUUAGUCAGGGCCAGGGGCAAAGCUAGGUAGAAGCCUGUGGAUGCACAUGCACCACAAUUUUUUGUAAAACUAGUGUUUUGUCCAAAUUUUUACCAUAUAUGCACCACCUACAACUUAUUACUA